CCGACUGGAAUAGCAGCUUGCAACAGCCACCCCCGCCGGACCCUUCAACUUGAUGAACCGCGUCAACGUCUUGGAAAUCGACGUCGAGACUCUCAAGGACGGCGCUCUAGCGACAAAUCAGCGGAUUGACCAGCAGAUUUGUGCCGCCACAGCCAGUCAGACCACGACUACUCGCGAGAGCAUCCCAAAGUUUGACGGACUACCGAUCUUUUGUGAUGCAACGAAGACAGACCCGAUCCCAUCGUGGCGCCAGUUCGAGUUUAAGUUGGACAUUCACCACUUCAUCAACCCGAACCGGCACGCAUACUUAUACUCCCGCUCGGGACGCGCGUGCCAGGCAUGGCUGGACAACAUGUUGUCCACGCACAAUGUAACAGUCUCGGAGCUGCAUACGAAGAUCAGCUGGGUUGAUCUCAAGGCAGCAUGGCAUAAGCGGUUCCAAGUGGAGCCGCCCGAGCUUCAGGCAGCCGAGAAACUUCAACGGUUCUAUCAGAACGACCUGCCAAGCACGGACUGGAUAACCGAGUACCAACGCUUGGCAUCCACGCCCAACUUGUCGUCGACAUUUAUCGCUAUCAAGCACUUUUUCAUCAGGAGGAGUUGUCCGGCGUUGCAGAACGCCUUGACGCAAGUUGCGGAGACGCUCACCACAAGUGAGCAGCUUUUUUAUAAAGCCUCGCAAAUCAUCGUGACGAAUAUCGAAGCCAAGAAUUUGGGCCAUUCGUCUGCUGCAGGCCAGGGCAGAGGACAACAUCGGUCGAAAGUGGCCGUGGUCGCAGCAACUACAGCGAUUGACCCUUCAAACGAGAAUGCCUGUUCUGAGGAAGGAGACAGAUUGGCAGCCGCCCGGGAUGGUGGCCGCCCCGCCAGAGGGGGAGGACGCGGCAAACCGAAGACACACACCAAUUCAGCCCCCGGGGCCGGACCAGCGGCUCAAGAGCCUUGGACAGAUUACGGUAUCUCGGAAGGCCUGCUCGACGAGUUCACCGAUAUCUUCGAGUCUCCUACCGGUGUGGUGCCCGAUCGGCCGAUCUCCGACGAGAUCAUUCUUGAGGCCGGUGCCGUGCCGCCGAAAGGAUGCAUCUAUCGCAUGAGCGAGGAAGAGCUCGCGGUUCUCCGCGCUCAAUCGACGAUCUUUUGGACAAGGGUUGGAUCCGCCCUAGUAGAUCACCAUACGAUUGACGGCCUUCUCGAGCGUUUGGACGGCGUGAAAUUCUUCUCAAAGUUGGACUUGAAGUCGGGCUACCAUCAAAUCUCGAUACGCCCACAAGAUUGCUACAAAUCCGUGUUCAAGACGCGGUACGGGCAUUUUGAGUGGAUCGUUAUACCUUUUGGCCUCACCAAUGUCUCGACGACCUUUCAAGUGGCAAUGACCAACGAGUUUCGUGCGAUGCUGGCCCGGUUCGUAUUAGUCUACUUAGACGACAUUCUCGUCUAUAGCCAGACAUUGGAGGAUCAUCUUGAGCACCUUCGACGAGUGUUGGAGACGCUCCGCCGCGCCAAGUACAAAGUCAACCGCGACAAGUGCGAAUUUGUCCGACAAGAGCUAGAAUACUUGGGCCAUUUUGUCACACCGGAGGGCAUCAGUCCGUUGUCGGACAAGAUUCAAGCCAUCCAAGAGUGGCCGGAGCCGAAGACCGUCACAAAUGUCCGUUCCUUCCUUGGCUUAGCUGGCUACUAUCAACGCUUCAUCAAGGGAUACUCGAAGAUCGCGGCUCCUUUAUCCAAGCUUCAAUGCAAGGACCGACCAUUCGACUUCGACGACAAUGCGCGGACUUUCUUUUUGGUUGUCAAAGCCGCAUUGCUAUCCGUGGAGGUGUUGCGCAUCUACGAUCCACUUUUGCCGACACGUGUCACUUCUGAUGCAUCUGGCUAUGGCAUUGCAAGAAAGUGCCCGUUGUGCACUCGAUUGACGACGCACGGAAGUCUGAAGAAGGAAUUAUUGGCCUUCGUACACGCGCUCAAGCGCCGGCGGCAUUUUCUUCUCGGUCGACGACAGUUCCGAUGGGUAACCGAUAACAAUCCCUUGGUCUUCUACAAGACCCAAGACACGGUCAAUAGCACCAUUGCCCGUUGGAUGGCCUUCAUCGACCAAUUUGACUCCUUCCCCGACCACAUUUCGGGCAAGUCAAACCGUUUUGCGGAUGCUCUUUCACGGCGUCCGGACCAUUGUACCGCAGUCUACUCAACUUUUGAGAUUAACGACGACUUGCGUGACAGCUUUAGCCGCGGCUACCAAGUCGACCCCGAGUUUUGCGACAAGUAUGCAAAUUGCUCCUCCCCUAAUCCGGCGCUAGCGCACUAUUGGAUCCAAGAGGGGUACUUGCUCGUCCACUCGCGAGGGAAGAAUCUUCUUUGUGUGCCACGAGAUUUACACUUGCGCACCCGGCUUCUUGGCGAGUUCCACGACGCUCCCGCCACUGGACACUUUGGAGUCAGUCGUACGAUUGGCCGACUCCGCGAGCGCUUUUGGUGGCUCGGUCUUCUCGGCGACGUCACACGCUAUUGCGAGUCAUGCGAGGUUUGCCGACGUUGCAAAUCCCGCAAUCAUCGUUCGUACGGCGAGUUGCGACCCUUACCGGUACCCUUGCGACGAAGGGCAGCGAUUGCCAUGGACAUUACCGGUCUGUUCCCCAAGCACAAGACUAGAGUGGAUGGGAUUCUCACGGUGGUCGACCGACUCACCAAGUUCGCCAUGUUUUUGCCUUGCCGCUAUCAUGCCAAGGCACCGGAGUUGGCCGAGGUUCUUUACGCCGGUUGGAUUCGAACCAAGGGUUACCCCAAGGAAAUCGUCUGCGACUGCGACACUCGGUUCAUGUCCAAUUUUGGGUUGACGCUCAUCAAACAAUGGGGCUCAUCUCUCAAGCCAAGUUCGGCUUGCCACCCCCAAUCCAAUGGCCAAACGGAGAGGGCGCAUCAGACCGCACAGAUUCUCCUUCGCACUCUCAUCCGUCCCGACCAGAAAGAUUAGGUUGAGCGGCUGCCGGAUGUCGAGUUGGCAUACAACUCGUCCAUCCACCCGGCUAUGGGGAUGUCGCCCUUCGAGUUCG